GCCGGGCUGGUGGGGCUGCUCCACGACGUGGGGCAGGCGCUGACCACCGCCUUCGUCGUCCGGGCCUCGGUGGCCGAUUGCCCGGACUGCCGGUGCAGUCCGGCCUUGCACUGCCCUCCGCUGCAGUGCACGUGCCCCAGCGGCGAGGGCACCCUGGCAGCCGCGGCCAUCCCGGGGUGCCACGGGGCUCAGCUGGCCUGGGUGGCGAGCCUCUCGCUCCUGCUGGGCGGCGUGCUCGGGGCCGCGACCGUCUCGUGGGCCGGGCGGCCUCGCUCGAGGGCGCCAGCGGGGCCCAUCGCGGCGCCAGUGGAGGUGGACCGCUCGCCGGGGGGUGGCGACCUCGCGUACCUCGCGCUGGAGCAGGCGAAGGUCUUCCGCAGGUAUCGCGUAGGAGGCCCCGCUCUGUACCAUGAGCGACUGGACGUAUAUCGUUCGGGGUACGAGAUGACCCCGGACUACGACGACUACGGCGAGACCACGAAUCCAGACGCGGAUGUGAUGGAGAUCCAUUUCGUGCACGGGCAGGGCGGCAGGGCUGGGGUCGUCCCGGCGAACCGAGUCUACGGGUUUUGCCGCCUGCUCACGGCGGCCGUGGUCUGGAGCGCCCUCCGCCGCGGGGCCGCGUCGGGGUAUGGACCGCUGCCCGACGGGCCUUUCCUCCUCGCGCUGUCCGCGUUGAACUGUGCGGGCGCGCCGGCGGGCAGCGUAUCGCUGGCGGACCCGUCGAUCGUGGUCCCCCCGCUGGUCGGCGUGGCCGGGAGGUGCCCCGCGCCAGCGGCCCCGGGUGAGCUGGCACUCCCUGGGGCGGCCCCGCCAGCCCCACCGGUGGCCGCGGCCACGCCGGCGCCGGCAGCCGCGGUCCCAGCCGCCGUGGCGCUCGCCCCCGGGGCGGCCGCGGCGCCAGCGGGUCGGGCGCCGGCGGAGCCAGACACCGUGGCGGCCGCGCCGCAUCCGAGCGGGGAGCCCGCGCCAGGCUGGCACUGGGUGGCCGCGGAGGACGUCGACGGCUCCGUGUCCUUCGGCGCGGAGGUGGCCGUCGGGGUUCCGGGCGGAGCGACCCUCGUGGGACGCGCUGGGCGCCGCGGGCUUCUCGCGCUCGCCGGCGGCGGCGGAGCCAGUGCGGUGCUGCUGCGGGACAGCGAGAUCGCGUGGUUCACGCAGGAGUGCCGCGGGAGCGACGCGUGCACGCUCGAGAUCCCGCCCGACGCCGGGCAAUCUGGCGGCAGUUCUCGGGAGUGGCGCGAGGUGGUGCAGCUGUGCCGCGAGGAGGCCGUCCCGCGGUUUGCCGUGGCCCCGCCUAGGACGGCGCAGUGGUGCGCCAAGUUCCAGGUGAAGAAGGGGGGCCUGGCCCUCCAUCAAGAGAUGUGGAAGUCAAAGCGGAGGCUGAACCCGACCGACUUCAGGGUAGACAUGCACGAGACCCUGUCCAAGAUGAUCGAGACCAUGGGCUCGGCCGAUCACCUGGACGUCUACAACUUGGCGAGGGCGGUGCUCGGCUACAGGAAGCUCCGGCUCGUCGAGCACUACUGGGACGACAUGUGUGCGGAGCAGCAGCAGCAGCACAACAUGAAGAUGCCCCUGGAGGAGGCCUUCGCAUUCAAGGGAGGUUCGAGGUCCCCCUCGAUGGUGUGCCCUGAGUUGCUCGACUUGGUGUCAAAUGAGCUGGAGCUGAUCCACAGCAUCAAGAAGAACGCGAGGAAACUGAGGGAGGAGCAGAAGGCCAGCGAGGGCGGCCGGGUGGUGGGCGGAAGUGACGACCGCAUGCAGCGGUCGUUCCUGCCCUUGCCAGUCCCUGACUGGUGCCGCGCGCAGGCCGCUCCGGGCGGCAGCGGCGGUCGCGCAGCGCGGCGUCGCCGCGCCAACAGGACGCUGCAGGGGGAGCUCGUGACCGAGCUCGUUGUGGCGCUCAACCAGCUGGAUGCCGGCUCUGACGACCCGCCUCGCUGUGCGGGCCAGGGGCCCAACAGGAUGCAGCAGCUUUGCUUGGAGCAUCUCGCCGACAGCUGCGCGGCGAUGGGCUCCAUUCCUCCAGACUUGUCGACCGAGGUGGCCCUUCAGGAGCUCCAGGUCGGCGCUGGCUACUCCGACGGCGAGCCCGUCACGGUGGCCCCCUUCGCGCGCGACCUCGUGUCUCUUCCAGCUGUGGGCGGUGCGCCUGUGCCCCUGAGCCAGCUGUUGGGAGCCGACGGUCCAGACAUAGUGCGAGGGUUCAUUACUUCGAAGGUUUUGCCAAUUCAAAGCGCCGAGAUGAGGGACGGUGGCAUGCUGGAGUUCAGGGUCGAUGAGGGCGAUUUUGAGGAAGUCGGACUGUUCACCGUUUGGAAGAAGGAUGGUCGCCAACGCCUGGUGAUCGAUUGCCGGGGCAGCAACUUCAGGUUCGCGGAGCCCGACAAGACCAGCCUGGCCUCGGGGGGCAGCUUCAGCUCCAUCGAGCUUGCGCCGGGCGAGGUGCUGUGGACGGCAGGGGUCGAUAUCGCGGACGCCUUCUACAACAUGGGCCUGCCGCCGGAGCUCCGGCACCUCUUUGCGCUCCCUCGGUUUCGGGCAGCACAGCUCGGGGUACGUGAGCUGGGCGGGCGCCCAGUUCCGGGCCGCGCUUGGGUACGCCCGUGCUUGGCCGUCCUGCCCAUGGGCUGGACGCACGCGCUGGAUUUUUGCCAGAAAGUGCACAGAAAUAUCUUACUCCAGAAGGGAGGUUUCGAUAGCGUUCCUGAAUUGGUCGACGGUAUGCCAGCACCUCACAUCCAGGACGGGGCCUACACUGCUUAUGUUGACAAUUUCAUUUCUUUUGGUGUGGAUCCUGAUAGGCCCGCGGCCCUCCUGAGGGUCUACGCGAGCGACGCUAGCGAGGAGGGGAGGGGCGUGUGCCAGAAGGAGGCCGACCUGGGAGCCAUUCGUGGUGCUGGGAGAUACGGGGAGAGGUGGCGAUUCCGACGAGGAACUGCUUCUAGGCCUCGAGACUGCCUCUUCGAGCAGAGCGACCCGCCGUCCGCCGACACCGCGAAGGUCGAGCCGAUCGCCGAUUCCGUCGUGUCGCCGAAUGUGGAGCACGUCGUGUCGCCGGAGGAGGCGGUGGAGGAUCCUGAGGGUAACUUGUGGAACGUCCCGGAGGUGGAGGAGAAACUGCACGGGGGAAGGUGGCAGGUCGUUUCGAGCGGAGGGUGGGCCCGGUCCGAGAAGAUCAUCGUUUGUGAAGGUCGGGCAUUCGUUCACUCUCUGAGGCACGCACUUCGCGACUCGAAGUCUUUCGGUAAGCGUAUCCUCUUCCUUUGCGAUAACAUGGGGCUCGUGUGUGCUAUGGAGAAGGGCCGCUCCUCAGCCGGGGGAGUCCUCCGCGUCGCCCGGCAAUGGGGUGCCUGGUGCCUGGCGGGUGCGGUGCAGGCCUCGGUGCGCUGGAUUCCGUCUGAGCGGAACGUCGCCGAUGCUCCGUCACGCCGCCACAUCCCCCUCGGGGUUUGGAUCGACAACGGCGCGGCGGACUCUGCCGAGGGCAUCGAGCAGCGGGCCGUCCGGGACGCCGGGCGCAGCAGCCAGCAGGCGGAUUGCCGCAGCGCCGGCCUCGAGCUCGCCGAGCUGGCCGUCCGCGAGCCUGCCGUCGGCGUGCUUCGGGGCGCCCGCCGGGCAGUCGCGGCCCAGUCGCGCCAGGUGCUGCGGACGCUGCCCCCGCCCGCGGCCCGGAGCCGCAGGAUGGCGCGAGCUGCGAGGCGCGAGCAGGGAGCGGCUGCGGCUGCUCGUCGGGCAGCGCUCGGAGGCCCUGGGUCGCUGCUGCAGCGGGCGUCGGUGGCGCCGAAGACCGUGGGCCAGUACGACGGUCUGUGGCAGGACAUCUUCCGCGAGUGGCUGCGGUGGCGUGCUGUGUGCUCCCUGCAGUCGGCGCCAAGCGACGACGAGACAGACUUCGUGGUCGCGAGCUGGAUGGACCAGGAGAUCUCGUUCGGGGAGCUGGCGCAGGGGGGCACAAAGGAGCUCGCGGCGGUGAGCUACUUCCGGACGCAGUUCGCAAGGUCGGGAGGGCUCUCCCUUCCGCGCCCGGCGCAGGCCGUGAAGGGCUGGAAGCGGCUCGCCUCUGGGCGGGCGCGGCUGCCGCUGCCCUGGGAGGUCGUCGCGCUGAUCGCGCUGGAGAUGCUGCUGACCGGCUUCUGGGCGAUGGCGGCCUGGACGGUCGCCACCGUCCACUGCUGCUUCCGCCCCAGCGAGCUGCAGCGGUUUAUCGCCGAGAUGCUCGUGCCGCCCGUGCCGGGGGCCCACGCGGCGAACCGGGCGAUCGUGCUGCACCCGAGCGAGGAGGAGAUCAGCGGCAGGACAGGGCAGUUCGACAAGAAGGAGGGGCACGCGGGCGAGCAGCUGCAGCGGCGGCCCCUAG